AUGGCAUCGCUACCGUAUCGUCGCGCCUCUCGCCAGAGCUCCCGGAAAGCAUCAAGCGAUCCGCGAGAGGAUCUGGCAGUCCAUCGGGAUCACUUCAUUGGCAUUGAUGUCGGGACCGGCAGUGCCCGAGCCUGUAUCAUCGAUGCCAAAGGAGACAUUGUGGGAUUGGCUUCCGAGAACAUUGGUCUCUGGCAGCCUGAACACGGCUACUAUGAACAAUCCACGUCCGAUAUCUGGCAUUGUAUAUGUGUAGCCGUCCAGCGGGCGAUCAGCCAGCACAACAUCCACCCCGACACCGUCCGGGGCAUUGGGUUCGAUGCCACCUGCUCCUUGUCGGUCUUCUCCAACGACACAGACGAGCCCAUCUCCGUCACAGGCCCGAACUUCGACUCGGACCGCAAUGUGAUCCUGUGGCUAGACCACCGUCCCGUUGAGGAGGCGGAAAAGAUCAAUGCGACCAACCACAACCUCCUCCGCUACGUGGGGGGAAAGAUGUCCAUCGAGAUGGAGAUCCCCAAAGUGCUGUGGCUGAAGAACAAUAUGCCCAAAGAGCUCUUUGAUAAGUGCAAAUUCUAUGACCUGAGUGAUGCCCUCACCCACAUUGCCACCGGCAACGAAAAGCGAAGCUUCUGCAGCGUGGUAUGCAAGCAGGGAUUCGUGCCUGUCGGAGUAGAUGGCAGUGUGAAAGGAUGGCAAGAGGAUUUCUUGCAGGACAUCGGCCUGGGAGAUUUGACGGAGGAUAACUUCAAGCGCAUGGGCGGAGUCGACGGGGUGAACGGUGACUACCUCAGUGCCGGUGAAUUGGUAGGCACUCUCUGUGAGAAGGCCGCUGCCGACCUUGGCCUCCCAGCCGGGAUUGCGAUUGGCAGCGGGGUCAUCGAUGCCUACGCUGGCUGGAUUGGCACCGUUGGGUCCAAGGUCGAUCUAGACGCCGGUCAAACCACCACUGAUGUGCCGAAGCUCGAUAAAUCAGAGGCCUUCUCCCGUCUAGCAGCAGUCGCGGGAACCUCGACCUGUCACCUCGCCAUGUCGCCCGACCCCGUCUUCGUGGAUGGGGUUUGGGGCCCGUACCGGGACACAAUCCUCCCUGGGUACUGGAUGGCGGAAGGAGGACAAUCUGCCACAGGGGAGCUGCUCAAGCAUGUCAUUGAGACUCAUCCGGCAUUCAACCAGGCUCACUCCAUUGCCGAGUCCUACCAUGCCAACAUCUACGAGUAUCUCAACGAGCACCUCAAAGAGAUGGCCCACGACCAAGGCGCCCCCUGUGUGUCUUAUCUCGGGCGACACUUCUUCUUCUAUGGUGAUCUAUGGGGAAACCGAUCGCCCAUUGCCGACCCAAGCAUGACCGGUUCGAUUUUCGGUCUCACCAGCGACAAGACGGUAGAUGGACUUGCUAUCUACUACUAUGCGACCCUUGAAUUUAUCGCUCUGCAGACCAAGCAGAUUGUGGACACGAUGAACAAAUCGGGUCACCGCAUCAGCUCAGUGUUCAUGUCUGGCUCACAGUGCCAGAAUGAUAUCCUGGUCAAUCUCGUGGCGUCGGCGUGUGACAUGCCGGUAUUGAUCCCACGAUACAUCCACGCUGCGGUUUGUCAUGGCGCAGCUAUGCUAGGCGCAAAGGCCGCAAGUGCCGAUGCCCAGGGCAACACCGAAGAUCUGUGGGACAUCAUGGACCGGAUGAGUAAACCUGGUAAGAAAGUGCUGCCCACGAAGGACAGCAAUGAGAAGGCAUUGCUCAAGGUAAAGUACGAAGUGUUCCUGGAGCAAUGUUUCAAGCAGCAGAAGUACCGAACUAUGGUGGAUGAAGCCGUGGGGACCUGGAAGCCAACUUGA